AAAAUCGAUUAACCGAUGAUUUUAUCCUGAAAGUGAUUGACUGUUGUUCGUGUUUUCCCUGGACUGAGGACAAACGCGGAGCUGUGAUUGGACAGAGCUGAGAGAGGAGACGACAUCUGUCUGAACACGGUGAUGUGAGGAGCAGAGCUGUGCAGAGGGUCACUGCUCUGUCAUGUGUGAGGACGGCUGGGGCCGCAGAAGGAGGGGUGGGCUGACGUCUGCACGGCUGGACACGGGGGGAGCCGGGUGUGAGGAGGCGUGUCCUAUCUGAGCGUGUCAGGCAGCACUGAUGAUGCGAGCGGCUUCAGACGGAGCAGUCACAGUGAUAGAGACAGGCACGGCACUCUGAUUGAUGUCGGUGCCCAGACGGAGACGGAGGAGCUCAGCACAGACGCAGAGGUGAUGCUCAGCUGAGACUUCACGCUACACUCGCCCAUACUCGUCUUAAAUUUCCCAUGAUGCCUCGGAACAGAGCCUUCUCUGAGCCUGAGUACUCCGCAGAGUACUCGGCGGACUGCUCAGUCACACUGCCUUCUGACCCUGGGCAGGCGGUGGGCCGGACCCACGAGGUGACGGUGCGGAGCUCAGGCUGCUGCCUAUGCCUACCACGCUUCAUGAGGCUGACCUUCGCCCCCGAGUCUCUGGAGAACCUGUACCAGACCUACUUCAGGAGGCAGAGGCACGAGACGCUGCUGGUGCUGGUGGUGUUCGCCGCGCUCUUUGACAGCUACGUCAUCGUCAUGUGUGCCGUCAUCUACACCUCUGAUAAACUGGCCUCUGUGCUUGUGGCGUCUCUGGGGCUGGCAGCAGACAUCCUCCUCUACCUGCUGUGUCGCUUUGGGCUGCUGCCAGACCGUUUGACCCGGCGGGUUGUGCCCUAUGCCCUGUGGGUGCUCAUCGCUGCACAGAUCUUCUGCUACCUGGGUCUGAGCUACGCCCGCUUCCACCAGGCGUCGGAUACAGUGGGCUGGCAGGCCUUCUUCUGCUUCUCCUUCUUCCUCACGCUGCCGCUCAGGCUCACGCCCAUUGUCCUCAUCACUACGGUGUCCUGCGGGGUCCACACCUUGGUGCUGGGCGUCACCAUUGCUCAGCAGCAGCAGGAGGAAGUCCAAGGAGCAGCACUGGGUCGGCAGCUGAUGGCUAACAUGGUGAUCUACGUAUGCUCCAUCACGGUCGGCAUCAUGUCGUACUACAUGGCUGACAGAAAACAUCGGAAAGCAUUCCUGGAGGCCAGACAGUCUCUGGAGGUCAAACUGAACCUGGAGGAGCAGAGCCAGCAGCAGGAGCGCCUCCUGCUGUCCAUCCUGCCAAAGCACAUUGCUGAUGAAAUGCUGCAGGACAUGAAGAAAGAGCAGAGUCAGAAAGAGAUGCAGCAGUUUAACACCAUGUAUAUGUACCGCCACGAGAACGUAAGCAUCCUGUUUGCAGACAUUGUGGGUUUCACACAGCUGUCCUCGUCCUGCAGCGCUCAGGAACUCGUCAAACUGCUGAACGAACUCUUUGCUCGCUUUGACAAACUAGCUGCUAAAUACCACCAGCUGAGGAUAAAGAUCCUGGGCGACUGUUACUACUGUAUCUGCGGUCUGCCUGACUACCGGGAGGAUCACGCUGCCUGCUCCAUCAUGAUGGGCCUCGCCAUGGUGGAGGCCAUCUCGUACGUCCGAGAGAAGACUCAGACAGAUGUCGACAUGCGUGUUGGAGUCCACAGUGGGACGGUGCUGGGCGGAGUUCUGGGUCAGAAACGGUGGCAGUACGACGUCUGGUCCACUGACGUUACCGUGGCUAACAAGAUGGAGGCCGGAGGGAUACCGGGACGUGUGCACAUCUCUCAGAGCACCAUGGAGUGUCUUCACGGAGAGUUUGACCUGGAGCCAGGAGAGGGAGGAGAGCGCUGCGACUACCUCAAAGAGCGAGGCAUCGAGACGUACCUGGUGAUUGUUCCUAAAGGAGCUGUGGGAAAGAACGGCAUCAACGGCGUGAAGCUGUCGGUGACAUCAUCCAAUGGGAACUCUCCUCUGCUGAUCAACACCACUGAGUGUAACGGCAGCGUGAACACGGCCUGCACCACGCCGGAGGAACCUGAGGAGCUUGACACAAAGGUGGUGAACCCGUCCUUCCCCAACCCUCGGCGGCGGCUUCGUCUUAGAGAUCUGGCUGAGAGAGUGAUUGAUGCUCAGGAGAACGAACAGGAGCUGAACAAGCUGCUGAACGAGGCGCUGCUGGAAAGAGAGACGGUGCAGGCUCUGAAGGGGAAACACACCAACAGGCUCUCUCUGAGGUUUGUCGACCCAGAGCUGGAGACUCGGUACUCCGUGGAGAAGGAGAAGCAGAGCGGAGCGGCGUUCUGCUGCUCCUGUGUGGUUCUGCUCUUCACCGCAGCCAUGGAGGCGCUCAUCGACCCCUGGCUGAUUGCAAACUACAUCACGUUUGUAGUGGGAGAGGUUCUGCUGCUCGUCCUGACCAUCUGCUCUCUGGCUGCCAUCUUCCCCAGAGUGUUUCCUAAGAAGCUGGUGUCCUUCUCCACCUGGAUUGACCACACCCGCUGGGCUCGUAACACCUGGGCGAUGGCGGCUAUCUUUAUCCUCACCAUGGCUGACAUCAUGGACAUGCUGAGCUGUCUCCCUAAAGUCCAAGACUCAGGCAGUCCUACGGUGGACCCCUCCUCGUCCUCCUCCUCGUCCCCGUCCUUGUCUCCAUCAUCUUCAUCGCCUCCGUCAUCCUCUUUGUCCUCCUCCUCAUGGUCCAGCCCCAGCGGGUGCCUUGAUAACCCUAAAUACUACAGCUACAUCGCCGUCCUGGCCUUGAUGGCCACCACCAUGCUGGUUCAGGUCAGUCACAUGGUGAAGCUCACGCUGAUGCUGCUCAUCACCAUAGCAACCAGCAUCGUCAACAUCUACAGCUGGAGGGACAUCUUUGACCGCUACGACUCUGCCCGGUUCCAGGACUACAGGUCGUCUCUGGUUCCCUCCAAGUUCACCAUGUCAGUGAUGAUUGUCAUCAUGAUGGUCAGCUUCUACUACUUCUCCAGACAUGUGGAGAAACUGGCCCGUACCCUGUUCCUGUGGAAAAUUGAGGUCCAUGAGCAGAAGGAGAAGGUCUACGAGAUGAGACGCUGGAAUGAAGCUCUGGUGACCAACAUGCUGCCCGAACACGUGGCUCGACACUUCCUGGGCUCGAAGAAGAGAGACGAGGAGCUGUACAGUCAGUCGUAUGAUGAGAUCGGAGUCAUGUUCGCCUCCAUCCCAAACUUCUCUGAUUUUUACACGGAGGAGAGCAUCAACAAUGGAGGGAUCGAGUGUCUGCGCUUCCUCAACGAGAUCAUCUCUGACUUCGAUAGCCUGUUGGAUGAGCCUCAGUUUCGCUACAUCACUAAAAUAAAGACGAUCGGCAGCACCUACAUGGCAGCCUCAGGGGUCACUGCAGACGUCUCAAAUGGAUACAGCUGUAUGAAGAAGGAGGAGCAGUCGGACAGAGAGCGAUGGCAGCACCUGGCUGACCUAGCAGACUUCGCUCUUGCGAUGAAAGUCACUUUGAUGAACAUAAACUACCAGUCCUUCAACAACUUCAUGCUUCGCAUUGGUCUGAAUAAAGGCGGGGUGUUGGCGGGUGUGAUUGGAGCGAGGAAACCUCACUACGACAUCUGGGGGAACACUGUGAACGUAGCGAGUCGUAUGGAGUCCACAGGGGUGAUGGGAAAUAUUCAGGUGGUAGAGGACACCUACAACAUCCUGAAGGAGUACGGUUUCCGCUUUGUGAGAAGGGGGCCGAUCUUUGUGAAGGGGAAAGGAGAGCUGCUGACGUACUUCUUGAAGGGACGAGACAAACAGGGUUCAUUCAUCAACGGCUCCUCGGUCACACUUCCACACCAAGUGGUGGACAGCUGAAUAAACCCAGGCACAUGUUCACUGUCCACAGAGAGGUAGAUCCAGGUCCAGCUGAGCAGGGUCAUGAAGACACCAGGAUUCUAAAUGUCAGUAUGAUCCCAGUAAAAAUCUAACAGUAUUGAUACCUGUUGGAUACAAAGGCAACAACUGUAGAAGUCCUCGACACUCAAAGGUAGUUGAUUUAUUGUUUUUUAUUGUGAGACCUCUAAAUUCCAUAGCUGGGCACAGCUGAUUAAACAUGUACCUUAGUUAAUCGUUGAUUCCCUUUAAAAUGGGCAGAACGUGUUAGAAAACAACCUGAAUGGAAAUUGAAUGAAAGUUAAAGGUUUAGAUCAGUGGUUCUCAGCUGGUCUAGUCUCAGGACUCAAUACCACCUCCUGAAGGAGGACUGAUGUAACCCCUGUCAUGCUCUGAAUGUCCUUGUAUUUACCAGGGGGAUUGGAAAAAAACAAGAAAAAAACAAAGCUGACCUCACAGACCUUUGACUCUUUGGGUAAGGGGUGGUAAGGGGUGGAUGAGGAGAGUAAGCACGGUCCAGGGUACUGUCUGAAUGGGUAGUAGGACCAUGAGUCUCUGGUCCUGCUGUGGAUGUCCCAGGGGUUUAAAACCACCGGCUGUCUCUGGGCAUAUUACCAGGGGUGGAAAGGGAUGUCGUCCAGCUUGACUUUGGCCGCCAUUGUGGACUCUGGCCACCCGGUGAAUUCUUAGCGCCCGACAUGCCUAAAACUUCUGCAUAUGACUGUAUGUCAGCUGAGAACCUUCCGUACAGUGUCAGACAUUAUGCCACAGUUUUUCAGGCACACCUCCACGACCUACUUUUGGGUCCCAACCUACCAGUUGAGAACCACUGGUUUAGAUAGUUUUUUUUCACAACAGAGUCCACUUUUAAAAUGUUGAGAAGUCUAGAACAGAUAAUUAACAGCUCUGUGCCCAGCUCCGCUAAAUUUCCAGACUGAACUGUUGCCAUGAUUUUGCACAAAGAUGAAAAUUAUUAUUGACGUUUUAGAUGGUGUCCCAACUUUUUUGGAACAAUUGAUGUUUUUAAAGUGAAACCCUGUGAUUUGAUCUAUCUAUCACACAUUAACACCAGUCUCAGUGCCAUCUCUACCUGCCUGGGGAACACCUAUGUGGAGCUCUGAAGCUCCGCCCUCACCUCCAGAAACCUCCAUGAACCUGAACAUGAAACUCUGAGGAGGAUGUUAACCAAUCAGAGGCCAGGGAUUUGACAAUGUUGGACAAUGACAGGCCAGAGAGGAGGACAUGAUGGUCAUGGACCAAUCAGAGGCUAGGAAGGAUGUGGGCAUGCUGAAUGUGGACCAAUCAGAGGCCAGCACGAGUGUGUCGCUGCUGUUGUUUUUCUACAGGUGCAGUAUUGAUGCUGUGCUCGCUGCACCGCUGCUCUGACCGUGAAGGACGCCAUGCAGAGGGGAGGGGGGAUGGAGAUAUUUUCAGUGACUGUGGAUCGAGUGAAGUGCCUCUCACAGCUCAUCUCCAUGUUUUAAUUCAUGUGAUGGAUCCUACAGCUCCCCCUAUAGGCCAGAGCAUCACCAUUCUGCUGUUAAAGGAGCAUUACACUUUUUUACAGCUCAUGAAAUGUCAUCACGAUACCAAAAUAAUAGACGUUAACAUAAUUCUAGGAAAAAUCAGAAAAUACUGAUACUGGUUUGAUACCCAAUAUUACACCCAGUAGGAGUAACUGCUUGCUCAUUGUCAAACUUGCACAGACACUUUUCUGUUUGGAAGUUUUUCUGACAUUUUUGGGAAAAUAUCGACACUGCAGAGGAGUUAGCCUGCAAGGAUUCAUUCUUCUUCUUCAUGCCUGUUUCAUAAAAUAGAUGUAGUCUUUUCAAAGUUUUAAGAACUUUUUAAUAACCUCGCAAAGCUGGUGGAUUGUCAGGAUUCAUGUCUGUAAUCAGAAGAGUCCAUCUGCCAAAGCUUCAAGCUGAUUGGCUUGUUCCUGGUUAGAGAAUGACUGGACCAAUUGGCUUCAGUGGAAGAGAAAGAGACGAUUUUUGGUUCGACAUGAGAAACCUAAAAUCAAUAAACAGCUGUUUCCCAAUGAAAUUUUUUUUUAAAUAGGGAAAAUGUUUAAAAAUCUUUCCUUGGCAGAUUAAAUUGGUGAUCAAAAAACAGGAAACAAAAGAAACUUUAUUUUCCAUCUCUUUUUUGUUAUAAAGGAAUGAUUAAAAAAAAACAGUUAAUUUAUUCAUCUUAUUUUUUGUGUUUUGAUCGUAAAAGUGUUCCAUUCUUUGAUCUUUCUUUUUGAUAAGAACACAAAAACUACAAGAUUAAAAAUGAAACAUUUUUGUCCCUACAUUAUUAGUAACAUUCGCUUCCUGUAAAAACCUUUAGGACCAAAGCGAUGUUGGUGCCUGUUGGAUGGUCUCACUGUUUAUAAGGCUCUUGACCAACAGACUGUAAUAUGAUUCACUAAAAUACACAUACAUAUUUUAGGUUAGCUUCUUUGUAUAAAAGCUGAUAGACUAAAAAGCUUUAAAGUUUGAUUUUGUUUUGAUUUAUUGAUGAUUUUAGGAAUCUUUUAAACAACUUAAAAGAAAAUGCAAUGAUUUCCACUUGAA